AUUGUUAGUGCUGCCAUCACGGCACUAAACGUCGAACGUCAUUGCGAUCGCUCCUGUGAACUUUGUCGUCCCAUUAAAAAUGUCGGUCUCUCCGAUGCCACCGAAUCCACACGUGUUUCUCGACGUGCGAAUUGGUGAAGAAUUCGUUGGGCGCAUAGUGAUUGAACUUUUCCGGCAAAUUCAACCACAGACUACGGAGAACUUUCGAGCCCUGUGCACGGGAGAGAGAGGAGUGGGAGUCAGCCAAGUGCCUCUUCACUACAAGGGAUGCAAGUUUCACAAAAUUAUGCCAAAAUUCAUGGUUCAAGGUGGGGACAUCACACAUGGAGAUGGAAGUGGAGGAGAAAGCAUCUACGGCCGCUUUUUCCCCGAUGAGGACCUUUCACUAAAACAUGACCGUCCAGGACUAGUGGGCAUGGCCAACAGUGGGCCAAACACGAACGGCUCGCAGUUUUAUAUUGUGACAGUGCCCACCCCCCAUCUUGAUGGCAAGCACAUCAUCUUUGGUCAGGUUGUCAAAGGCAUGGGUGUGGUCUCUGUGCUGGAGUAUGUUCGCACCAACGAAAGUGACGUGCCUGCUGAGGAAUGUGUCAUUCAGAACUGCGGUGAGAUACCCCCUGGUGGUGACUUUGGCAUUUGUGAGCAGGACAACACUGAAGAUGUUUUCCCCCCUUUCCCUGAUGACUCGGACCUUGACUUCAGCAAUAUUGAGCACAUAAUGUGUGUGGCUGAAAAAAUCCGGCAGUCGGGUAACUACUACUUCCGGAAAGAAGACUAUGUGUCAGCAAAUGCGAAGUACAAGAAAGCUUUGAGGUAUCUCAACAAGCUCCACGAGGUGAACGAGCUCUCCAAAGAGCAGGAAAGCAAGAUUGCCAGUGUGGUACUGCCUUGCAUUCUUAACAGUGCUGCAUCCAAGCUGAAGUUGAAGAGGUACCACCAGGCAUUGGACGACUGUGAUGAGGCUCUUGAUCUUGAACCAAGACACCCCAAGGCACUCUUCCGGAGAGGCCAGGCUUUCCACGGCAUGCGGGACUAUGAGAAAAGCAUGGCAAACCUACAACAAGCACUCUCACUCUCCCCCAACAAUAAAGCAAUACUUUCGGAGAUUGCAGCUGUCAAGGGCGAAAUGCAAGCCUACAAGGCAAAGGAGCGCAAGGCCUAUGCAAAACUUUUCAACUGAGCACUUGCAUGGCAUCCUUCAUCCGCAUAGUCCACCGGUUUCACCGUCACACUGCUGUUCCCUCCAGAGCUUGGACAGCUCUUCCGCAUCAGAAGUGGUGGUGCGCACCUUAACAAGCUCCGCGCACUCUGCACCUGAAGGCGACACCAGUGUGCGAUGGCCAGUUGCUUUGAUUAGCUCAAACCCACAAGUGUGCAAGCGACUUGCGCGAAGCGACAGGGUACUGUCACCGUCCCUCAGUGUUGCUCGAGAGGUGCUUACAAUGACAGCCAUUUUCCUUUGCUGCAAGUUAGAGUGCACUGAUUGUAGCUCCCAACUUGUUUUGAGGUUCGUUAAGCAACUUUCCGAGAACACAUCACAGAUAGCUAGAAGGUUGCACAAUGUUACCAUUUUGUUACAGCGUGACUACCGUUCUAUCUACAUUUUGUGCCGACAGGGCCUAAAGCUGUUGAAUUUUAAGGAAUGCUGACAUUCGGUGAAGCCUACAUACUUAACUGUUCAGCUGCACUCUUUGUACAGUCUUUAGCAGAGAAGGCUACUUCAGUAAAUCUGUCUAAUACAAGAUGCAGCACUUGAGGCAUUUCUGUACAUAUAAAUAGCGGUUGUGUGGCCGAUACGAAUACAGCUGCAUUCUAUUGCAGGCACAGUUAUGUUUGCCAAGUGCAAAUGCAGCAUAGGUGUAUAAAGCCAAAGCUACCGGUGCAAGUAUAUUGUCCCAUAGAGGUCUGGGAAGUAACUUUAGUCUGCACCCGCCACAUUUUAAAUAUAUGGUACUGGAAAGCCAGCUAGCAAUAGAUAUACAGUUAAACCUGGAUAUAACAAAAGUAACAAAUUCCCGAAAAACUUCGUUAUAAACAGGAUUUCGUUUAUGCAGGUUCGGCACGAAAAUUCGAAAAAGAAACGCUUACUGUAUUUACUCGUUUCUAACGCGCCCUCAAUUGUAACGCGCACCUGUUUUCCGUUUUCGUGGAAGCACUCAUCCUUGGAAUGUCACACCAGGUACUGGAUGCGUGGACGCGUGUCGUUUCGCACAAGCACGAGGCAUCGGAAACGAAGAGCGAGCGUCACGAUGGCGUCGUAGCGUCCUAUAGUGUUACAGUAGAACCCCGUUGUUACAUUCCCGGGGGCUGCGUUUUCCCGGCUGUUACGUCGUUUUCGGCCGGUCCCGGCACAGCUCCCAUAGAACCCAAUGCAUUGGUAACCCCGCUCUUGCGUCGCAACUGCGGGACCGUUCCCGCAUCAUACGUUGCAAACUGCCACCCCGCGCCGGCCCGAGCGGCCAUUUUUACUUUUCAUGUCGCUCGGCUUGGUGGCUUGACGAUGGCAUUGGCCGCCCAAAGUGCCGGGGGUGACAACUAUGACAUAUUUUCGGUUUCCGCCAGCAAAAGAAUGGCCCUUGAGAUCCGUAUUUGCUAUAUAAAGAUGGUGUCUAUGAUACGUUGUGGCCCUAAAAGUGGUUUUGGCUUAUAGUUAUUCCGUAUAAUGUCCAAGGGCGAUAACGCAGUCGCCGCGCGCCGUAUGCUGUAUGUCCGAGUGAAAACGGGCGAGGGGAGCCGACGACCGCGAUCUCGCGCGCCCAAGAAAAGCAGGGAGGAAGCGCGCCUUCUUCCGUUGCGCUCGAGGCACCGGCGAGGAAGCGAGGGGGGAGGGAUAGCGGGGCGGCGUUGUACUGUACUCUGGCAUCAACAGCGUACUGCGCGGCGGCGCGCGGUCGUGAAGGCCAUAUCUUGAAAGUGAUCUGCGUUGGGGCAGAGUCUAGCAGGGUAGGUGCGUCGGCGGCUCGUUGCUUUGUGUGUGCUGUUUGUUCUCGGUGCUCAGUUUGCGUUGAAGCGAUAGACAACAGCACGAAGGUCACUUCGCUCGCUUCUCCAGCGGCACUUCCACACGCCGCCAGCGUUUCACAGCGCGUGUCCGCGCUCAUCUAGUGUGAUGUGUCACAGCGUGUACCAGCGCGUCGGCAACAUCAAGUGGAAAAGGAGAGAGGGCCGGCUUAGUGGGCUAGGCCAGCUGCAGCAAGCGGCAGGAUCAGGUUUGAAUGAAGGGAGGGGGAAAGGUCACGCCCGUGGCAGCAAGAUCGCCGGGUCGAGGGAUGCAGGCCCACCUCACGCACGCACGCACACGUGCGCUUGCUUCGCAUUCCAUCGCGGCAGAGAAGGUGCUUCCGGUAGCUGCUCGCGCAAAAAAUGACAAAAUUUGGGGCGAAAUCUCUAGGUUGUCGGAGGGGAAAAUUCUUUAUAUCGAGGGGGUCUCCCACUGCCACUUCGUUACGUAGAGGUCUCAAAUACAUGUGCUUCUAUGGAGUAACGGCGGGGAAUAGAAAGACUUCGUUAUAUCCAGGAAUUCGUUAUAAGCACGUUUAACUGUACUGUAAUCUUCAUAAAACAACUGUUAUCACUCCAUGCUGUUGCUGGCUGCCAACAAAGGGCCUGUACGUUCUGUGUAUUGUGUGCUGCAGUUGUAUUGGCGAUACAGUAGACUCCCGUUAAUUCGACUCUGGUUAUUUCGAUUCAUUGGUUAAUCUUCGAUCCUGGCCAGAGGCCCCGGCCGUUGCCCAUGCAUUUCUAUGGGCCCAAGCUUGCGUUAUUUCGAUCCUAUAAUUGGCCUUCGCCGGAUAAUUCGAACUCGGCCAAUCAGCCCGCACGUGCCUGUCCCCUAUAGUGACCCCAAUAGCAACCCCUUCAGUGACAGCGUCCGUCUCUGUGGAGCUUAAGGGACAGUGAAUGCGCUGGACACGCAUCAUCUCCCGUCGAAAAUGGACGUUUUCAGCCUGCCGUAGGAAUAUUUUCAAGCAAUAACCGUAGCUCACAAUGUCCCAUGACAGUAUUUACCAAUGAUAAAUGAGCCGAAAAUUGCAUGCUUGGUGCAAUCGGAUACGAAUCCUAAACCGCCUUCACGGCGUUUGUAUGCUUUACCGCUUAACACACGUGUAUUGCGGCGAAGCUGACUUUAGGAAACCAGCCGCCAUUGUGCAACAUAUACUAUCCUUGCUAAAAAAUCGGGUGCGUGUUAAUUUGUUUUAUUUAGGAGCUUUAACGCCAUUUCUACGUUAGUUUUCUACUUUGGACAAAUAGAAGGUGGUCGCCCAUUUGAUUCGGGGGUAUGUUAGAAUGGGGCAAGUACUGGCAAAUGGAUCAGUGGUGUGUUUUUGUGUUUCUUUCUAUGUCUAAUUCGACCCACCAUAUAAUUAGAUCAAUUUCGUCGGUCCCGUCAGUGUCGAAUUAACAGAAGUCGGCUGUAUUCUCAAGCAGGUUUGUAUUUUUUGUACAAGUUCAGCACACACCAGAGAAAUUGCAGUGGAGAAUGUAUGUUCUAACGUAAGCUGAAUGAUGAAAGCUUUGCUGAUGAUCUGCGGCAAGAUAAUGUAUGACCGAUUUAGCUGCAACUUCCAACUUUCAAGUGGCACAGGGACUUGCCAAACAUUGCAGAAACCCCCCAUAUCUGGAUUCAGUAUCGUGUCCAGCCACCUUCUCAUACGUUGAUUGCUUUGGCUAUUGUGAGGCAUUGCCCAUAUAUCUUUUAAAAAUAAUGGAAGGAUUCAUUACUUGCAUCAUCACUGAGUAUAUAAAGGAGCCCUAUUGUAUAGUAGUUUCACAUGGUGACAAACUUGGUUUCGCAGAAUCUUAGGUCAGCAACGUGGCAGUGCUCUGUGAUGGCCAAACGCUAAAGCUAAGUUGUCUAAUCACUGAUGUCUUCUUUAUUCUCCAGUUGUUUGCUUUACAAUUCUGUUUUUUGUUUGUUUUUCUGGCACAACAUUACGUAGCUUCCUAGAAGCUGUACACAAAAACAUGUACAUACUUGUCAUGGGUGCCACGCAUGCUUGUUGGCCAUUUCUGUAUAUAAUAAUAUAGUGAGGAGACAUUUGGGUACUUGUAUUGAAGAGGUGUCUGGAGCAUUGUCUUUCUUAGUGUUGACUGUAUGAAUGAGUCUUGUAAAAAUAUAUGGCAGUGAAUUA